AUGGGAGGCAGUUGGUACACCGAUCCCGGAUCUGGAGCCAACUACCUGUGUCUACCACCCAAUCCAGCUGGCGGUACCAUAGCGAAACCUGCCUCCUAUUCUCACCUUGGCGGCGCCGAAUACGAAGUCUCGAACCGGUUAGAGAACAACCAAGAUGCGCUGUGUGCCGUGUGUUUCGUGAAAAACCGCUCAUCCAACAUCAUGAUACCCGGCACAAACAGCUGUCCGUCUGGGUGGACCACCGAGUACACGGGUUUACUCAUGACCGGAAACAACGGACACGCCGGGUCAUCGGAGUUCAUCUGUGUGGACAGCAAACUGGAAGGCCGCAUCGACUCAAAUGCUGACCGGGACGGCAGGCUGCUGUUACUGGUGGCUAGCUUCUGUGGCAGUCUACCCUGUCCUCCUUACCAGAACAACAACAUCCUGCAAUGCGUUGUUUGCUCCAAAUUUUAUUCGUGGAUAUCAGCCAGGAGUGGCCGAGACUGCACUUUUAAUUUCUGGACCGGGAAAGGGAGGAUUUUACCAAGAAGUUUUUUUUUUUUUUCAUUUCUCAGGCGAUUACUCCAGGCAGUGCGGUGGUACGUGGCCGGCAGUUUGUACACUAAGUUUGGAUCUGGAGCCAACUUCCUGUGUCUACCACCCAAUCCCGUAGCCAGUACCAUAGCGAAACCUGGCUCCGUGGCCAACCUGUACGGCGCCGAGUACGAAGUGACGAACCGUGCAGAGAACGACUAUGACGCGCUGUGUGCCGUGUGCUUCGUGAAAAACCGUACAGCCAACAUCAUGGUACCCGGCACCAACAAGUGUCCGACUGGGUGGACCACCGAGUACACGGGUUUACUCAUGAGCGGAUACGACGGACACGCCGGGUCAUCGGAGUACAUCUGUGUGGACAGCAAAUUGGAAGGUCGCGUCGGCUCAGGCGCUAACAACAACGGCAGGCUGAUGUACUACGUGGCUGGCGUCUGUGGCAGUCUACCCUGUCCUCCCUACGUGAACAACAACAUCCUGCAAUGCGUUGUUUGCACCAAGUGAGAGACCAUUAAUAUUUUCAUCUGUAUCCAACAAGAAGGUCUCUACAAUGCCUUCUCCUCCUAUGAUCCGAUCCGAUCAAAGAUUAAUUAUAACUUUGCUUUUCUU